GUGUAUACUACAAUACACACACACACACACACACACGCACGCAUACCUUGAAUUUUUUUUUUUUUGUACGAAAUAACUGCCCGGAUAUCAACCAAAUUAAGAUCCAAAGAUGAUAAAUUCCAAAUCACCAUUAUCAUUUUCCAUCAUCAUCAUCAUCAUCAUUUUUAUAUCAAUCAUUUCUGUAGUUAGACCAGAUGACGGAAAUAUUAGCAAUAGCAAUAAUGCCGGUAAUGAUGAUGAUAAAGUGGAUGAAUUGGCAAAUCGAUUGAUCGAUGAUGCUAUUGAACGUUUACGUAAUCGUACGGAUAUUGAACCAUAUCAUUUACAUCGAAAUUAUCGAUUAGAGAUACAUCAACAACUUGGAUUGAUACCUUUCGAUAUAUGUCUAUCAUCAUGUCAUCUAAUCAUACGUAAUGGUAUUUUACAUGGUCUAUCACGUAUCCAACGUGUAUCGAAUGGUUCAAUAACCAAUGAAGCGGGUACCAAUGAUCUAUUGGCAUAUUUUGUUGUUGGUAUUGAAAAUGCACAUCUUGAAUCAAUACUACAAUUCACUAUUGGACAAAUGGAAGUAUUUAGCCGUCCAACACGUAGUCAUAUUGGUUCGAUACGAAUUAAAAUGAAAAUUGCAACACGUAAAAAAGGCCGAUUAGAAUUGAUAAGUUUACGUGUAAGACGUAUUCAAAAUGUAAGGAUACGAUUUACAAAAACCUACAAUCCAUUGACCAAUGAAACUAUUCAUGGCAAUGAUGAUGAUGAUGAUGAUGAACGAUGGUUAAUCGAUUCAUUGACCAAUGCAAUAAUUACCUAUUUCAAUUAUUAUGUUCGUCGUGUAUUAUCACGUGCAUUAUUUGAAAUUCUAAUUGAAGAAUUUAAAUUUAUGCAAGAAUGAAUCUUUGCAAAAAAAAAUUGAUUAAA